CCCCGGGGUCAUCACUCUUCAAGAGACGGGGAGGGAGCGAGACGCUACCUGGCCCGUCCUUUCCUACCGUCUCUUCCUUUUCCUUCCUACACCUCCCCCACCGUCCUCCUACCCUUCGCCUCCCCCACCGUCCUCCAUCCCUUCGCCUCCCCCACCGUCCUCCAUCCCUUCGCCUCCCCCACCGUCCUCCAUCCCUUCGCCUCCCCCACCGUCCUCCAUCCCUUCGCCUCCCCCACCGUCCUCCUACCCUUCGCCUCCCCCACCGUCCUCCAUCCCUUCGCCUCCCCCACCGUCCUCCAUCCCUUCGCCUCCCCCACCGUCCUCCAUCCCUUCGCCUCCCCCACCGUCCUCCAUCCCUUCGCCUCCCCCACCGUCCUCCAUCCCUUCGCCUCCCCCACCGUCCUCCAUCCCUUCGCCUCCCCCACCGUCCUCCAUCCCUUCGCCUCCCCCACCGUCCUCCAUCCCUUCGCCUCCCCCACCGUCCUCCAUCCCUUCGCCUCCCCCACCGUCCUCCUACCCUUCGCCUCCCCCACCGUCCUCCAUCCCUUCGCCUCCCCCACCGUCCUCCAUCCCUUCGCCUCCCCCACCGUCCUCCAUCCCUUCGCCUCCCCCACCGUCCUCCAUCCCUUCGCCUCCCCCACCGUCCUCCAUCCCUUCGCCUCCCCCACCGUCCUCCAUCCCUUCGCCUCCCCCACCGUCCUCCAUCCCUUCGCCUCCCCCACCGUCCUCCAUCCCUUCGCCUCCCCCACCGUCCUCCAUCCCUUCGCCUCCCCCACCGUCCUCCUACCCUUCGCCUCCCCCACCGUCCUCCAUCCCUUCGCCUCCCCCACCGUCCUCCAUCCCUUCGCCUCCCCCACCGUCCUCCAUCCCUUCGCCUCCCCCACCGUCCUCCAUCCCUUCGCCUCCCCCACCGUCCUCCAUCCCUUCGCCUCCCCCACCGUCCUCCAUCCCUUCGCCUCCCCCACCGUCCUCCAUCCCUUCGCCUCCCCCACCGUCCUCCAUCCCUUCGCCUCCCCCACCGUCCUCCAUCCCUUCGCCUCCCCCACCGUCCUCCAUCCCUUCGCCUCCCCCACCGUCCUCCUACCCUUCGCCUCCUCCCUUCGCCUUCCCCACCGUCCUCCUACCCUUCGCCUCCCCCACCGUCCUCCUACCCUUCGCCUCCCCCACCGUCCUCCUACCCUUCGCCUCCCUUUAG